AUCAUAAGUGUCAAGAUGAUGUCAUCAAGACUGUAUAAUAAUCUGUAGUGUAAGCACCUUUUUCUGGUAUUUGUGAGAGUAUCUGGUGAUGGCUUCCUGGACAUUACACAUAGCUAUAAUACCACAAUAUAGGCAAAAAUAGGAAGAAAUACUAAAUUAUAUCAGGUUUUAAUAAGUCACAAAAUACAAUAGAGUUCACUUAAAAGUAAUAAGAUAUUUGAAUAUAGACAGAAUCUAAACUUUUGAAGAUCUUACCUCCCAACAACACUUUUCUAAAUGGAGUAUGCUCAGAGGCCAAAAGCAGAGGAAGAGCAAAAUGUGGCUAAAGUCCACAAGGAGGAGGAAGUGAACAUGGUUGAAGGUGGGGAAGCAUACGAGCAUCAGUCCCUGUGGGCUUUCCUCCCAGACGUGUGUUUGCAACGGGUUUUCUGGUGGCUCCACGACCACGACCGAGCCCAGGCAGCUCUGGUGUGCAACCAAUGGCACCACGUCAUCCACUCCCCGUCGCUAUGGCGGCACCGCUCCUUUCUCGUGUCCGGAUGCAUCUUCCAGAGCCGCCGCUCAGAGCUGGAGAAGGCUAUCAGCUAUGUGAAAUCCUACGGCAGCUACCUGGAGACCCUGGAGGUGCUCUUCAUUCACCCCAUCAACACCGUGGUGGCCCGACGCUUCCAGCUGAAUCUGCGCUCCCUUCUCGCGGCCCUGCGCCAAGCUGGCAGCCGCUUGCGCUCCCUAACGAUCCACCGCAUGGAGCUGGACCACUCAGCCUGGUGCCGCAGCAUCCGAAACGCCCUGGUCCGCAGCAUGACCUUCUACCUGCUUCGCCAAGGCUCGCACCUCAGCUACCUUAGCCUGAGUGGGGCACGCUUCAACCUCGACCAGGGCAUGCACGUGCUGGAGGCCGUGGCGGCCGCCCAGCAGCACGUGCACCUGAGCCAUCGCCCGGGCCUGGCCACCCUGGACCUGCAGGACUUCUUUGCCCAACCCUUCCCCGUCUACAACAGACCCAACUUCGCCAGUGUCGUGCACAGGUUUCAAGGCUUGUGCAACCUCACGCUGAACUACAGCUGCAUGUCAGACGACCUGCUAAAAGCCCUCGCCUCCUGUUGUGUUGGUCAGAACGGGGCUGGCUCGCUACGCUCCUUCACUGUGCACUGCCACGUACUUGAGCCCCACUUCCAGACAAUCAGGGGAGAUGCCUGGGCCCUUCUGGCUCGGAGGUGCCCUGCUCUGAAGGUUCACAUGUCUGUGGAGCAGAUCCUUGCCAUCGAGUGGCUUGCACGCAUCUUACUCCGUGAGGUCCCCCUACAUUCUCUCAGCCUUACCAGCUCCUAUUUCAACGAGUUCAACUGGACUGCCAAGCCAGCACUUGCCAGCCUGAUCCCCAUGUACAGAAUGUGUCUACAGAAACUGAUUCUGGACAUCAAUAACCAUCAUGAACCUGUGGAUGAGGAACUGAUGGAGGUCGUCACCGUGUGCACCAAGCUCACAUACCUGAAGGUUUGGGCCUUUCUGGACAUCAGUUUCUUGGAUAGACUUCUGCAGAAACGCCUAAAGAAGCAAUGCAUUCUCAAGACCAUAAAAGUGCGACUGUACACCAACAAACAUGAGACCCGCGAGGAGGAUGAGAUGUUGGAGAAGCUCUUCUCUCGCUUCAGACAACUCAUUGACUCAGAGCUCAACUACUUUGCCAGUACUUAUCCUAUGUUCUGAUGUCUGAGUGGCA